AUGUCCAGUCCUGAUGCCGACGAGGUGUUGCUCGCCUACAUCGCAGUAGCCUCUCAUGCAGUGAGCUUAGUGCUAAUCCGAGAAGAGAAUGGCACGCAACGACCCAUUUACUAUGUGAGCAAAUCACUGCAUGAGGCAGAGACCCGUUAUCUCCCCCUCAAAAAAGCCAUCUUGGCCAUCGUACAAGCCACGCGAAAGCUCCCCCACUAUUUCCAGGCACACACUGUAGUUGUGCUAACUCAACUUCUGUUGAGAUCCAUUCUCCGCAACACCGACUACACAGGUAGAAUUGCAAAAUGGGGAACGAUUUUGGGCGCCUUCGACAUUAGGUACAUGCCUCGCACCGCUGUGAAAGGUCAGCAAGAACACAAUUGGUGGAAAGCACACAUCGACGGUGCAGCCAACCAAAGGGGCUUAGGGGUGGGGCUCGUUCUGGUCUCCCCUGAAGGGAUAACCAUCGAAAAAUCGUUGAGGCUUGGAUUCUCUGCCACGAAUAAUGAAGCCGAGUAUGAGGUACAAUUGGAAGAAAUGUCAAUGAUCCAGAAACUGGGUGGAAAAUUCGUGAACAUGUUUUCGGAUUUGAGACUCAUCGUGGGACAAGUAAAUGGGGAGUUGGAGGCGAAGGAUGAAAGAAUGCAAGAGUAUCUCGUCCAAGUUAAGCACCUGCAGACCCAUUUCUAUCACUUCCAUCUGGUGCAUGUAUCCAGGAGCAGGAAUACCCAUGCUGAUUCUCUCGUGACGCUCACCACCUCCUUGGCUCAGCCACUUCCUCAGGUUAUUUUAGUAGAAGAUCUCUACCGUCCAACAACGGAGAAGGCCAAUGGAAUACGGGUCCACAACGUCAGGGCUGGACCUAGCUGGAUGGAUCCUCUGGUGCUGUUCUUAAAGCACGACACCUUACCAGACGAUAAGAAUGAGGCCGACAAGAUCAGGAGGAAAGCUUCUCGAUUCUGGUUGUCCGAGGACUCCAAACUAUACAGGCGCUCGUUCUCAGGGCCAUACUUGCUGUGUGUGCACCCAGAGGCUACUGAACUCAUCUUGGAGGAGUUACAUGAAGGAAUUUGCGGAAGUUAUACGGGGGGUAGGUUCUUGUCCCAUAGGUCCAUAACGUUGGGUUACUGA